AUGAGUUCUCACACCAAGCAGGAAGUUGGCACCGGUUGGGAAGCACGAGUCCGUGGGGGCCUGCGGGAAAUAUUUCCACGGAGCCAUCGCCUCUCUCUUCCCCCAGUUGAACACCGGAUUUCACUGGAUGAAGUUCAAGAGUUUGGAAAACCGCAUGUUUCAGGCAGCUGUCCUGCUAAAUUGGGGAGUGUUGGACAGAAUUUAAAGAGUAAAGAAAUGCGCCAUAAAGUAAGAAGGACACAGUCUGAGCUAGGAACCAAAUCGGAAACGAUUGGAAAAUAUUGGACACACAAAAGUUGCGUGGAUAUAUCAUGUCAAUGUCAACCACAAGCUGUUUUGAAAAACAAAAUGAAGGCUGCUGGGGAAGUAGAAUGGAAACUGAAGAGAGAGGGGAGCACUAGCACUGAUGAGGACAGUCUGACAGCAGCCUCCGUGGAAGGAAGCCAUAUGGAGGAUAAUAAAGUAUUUGAGCCCACUGAUGAUGAGGGGGUGGAGGAAGAAGAAGAGGAGGAGGAAGAUGAAGAAGAUCUAAAUCUCAGGUUUUUGAUAGGAGAAGAGACUGAAGAAGAGACAGCAGACCACCGCUACCAGACAGUGUAUAACUUACUGCAAAGUGAGCGCAUCUACCAGCUCGCACUGAAAAGCAUCUUUGAAGUAUAUGCUGAACCUCUCAGAAAAUUUACAUCUCAAAGCAGAGAAGAUCAUAUUCUGUUGUUUAGUGGUGCUGAGGCCCUGCUGUCUCUGUCUUCCAUGCUCACUCUUCGGUUAGAGCACACCUUGGAACUGUGGGACCCAGGUACCUCUAGGAUUGGUAAUUUGUUCUCAAAACAGUUCUGGCUGAGAUAUGAGGAAUAUCAACGGAACUUCAAAGUGAUCAGACAAUUUUUGAAACAGAAGUGGACAGAAGAUAAAGAGUUUGUGCAGUUCUGCAGUCUACGUGUAAAACAAGGGGACGUCACAAACAAAUCCAUAGGGUCCUUGCUUUUUCUUCCAGUGCAGCGCAUACCAGAAUAUGAACGCUACCUGAAUGAAUUGCUGGCUGAAAUUGAUGAGUCCCAUCCUGACUUUGAGGACUUGAUGAAGGCAUCAGCUAGAUUACAAAAUAUGGUGAAGGAGCGAGGUGAGGACCUGACAAUGCUGGAAAAAGAAUGCCAGGCUGAACGGGUACAGGAGCUUUUUCCUCACGAUGAUCUCCAGAUCUGUGAGCAUGAGAAGCAAAAUAAACUUCAGCAGCGGCUACUGUCAAGGCGGAAGUCUGCUCCCAGUGCAGUGUUGCUUAAGACGCUAGGUGGAGGGCGAUCUAAAAGCAUUGCUGGCACAGGAACCAACCUAGCAUCCUUUAUGCAGGAGCACAGCAGCGUGCGGGUUAGUCCCAAUGUAAACAGCAAUGUGAACAGAUUGUAUAUUAUGGAGGGAUCUGUGCAAUUGACAGCAGGUGUGCAAAACCAAGAACGCUACCUCUUUUUAUUCAACGACCUACUUCUGAUCGCCAAACAAAAAUCCAAUAUAGCAUUCAAACUCAAGCAUAGGGUGCGUGUUUGUGAAAUGUGGACGGCCACAUGUAUAGAAGAUGCUUGUGAAAUCACGAAGCCUCAUGAUAGAUCCUUCGUCAUGGGCUGGCCAACAACAAAUUUUGUAGCAACCUUCAGCACGCCAGAAGCAAAGGAAAACUGGUUGGAGAAAUUGAAAAAGCAAAUUGAAGAGGAAAAAGCCAAGGAACAACCUAAGAGCAUUGUCUUGAAAGUUGUAAACAAGGACAUGGAUAAUUGUCAGCAUACCAAGAACAUCACAGUGUCCAACACUGAUUCGGUCAAGGAAUGCGUCAAGAUGUGUGUGGAUCAAUUUGAAAUAAAGGAUGGAGAACCAUCAGACUAUCACAUAUGGGUGGUUUCAGGCAAAGAAGACUCCCCCUAUCCAUUGAUAGGGCAUGAACAGCCAUAUUCUAUCCAGAUGAGCCAUUUAAGGGAUGCAGCUGGAAUCAGUGGCUCAGAACCCUUACCAGCAAACUUUGAAGCAGACUCGGAGAACCUGCCACCUUCAGCUCGCUGUAAUUUUGUUUUGAGACAUUCAAAGAAAAAGCCAAAGAGCUCCAGUUUUGAGGAAAGCAGUAGAACACUGAAAUUGAAGAAAUCUAUGAAGCGUUCUCCAAUUAUAACUUUCUUCAAGAAGGCCACAAAACAGCAAGACCAAGCAUCACAGAACAACAAUGUAUCUCCCAGUUUGGGCACACUGUUUGGCCUGCAGUUGUGCUCACUGUGUGGAGAAGAAGAAAUCUUGCCAAAACCUGUUAUGGACAUGUUGCAGAACCUGUUCCAGUUUGGUCCAUACAUUACUGGAAUAUUUCGCAAGUCUGCAAAUGCAAGAGCAGUGAAGGAAUUGAAGAAUAAAUUUGACUCAGGACUGGAGGUGUCACUGGAUGAUACCACAGUGCUUGUUGUUGGUGCUACUUUUAAAGAAUUCUUACGAAGCCUGCCUGACUGUCUAUUACAAUGUGAUAUGUUUGAUGACUGGACACAGACAAAUGGGAUUCAAGAAAAAGAAGAAAGGACAGAAAAAGUAAAAAAACUUUUAGAAACAUUGCCAAAGUGCAACUUGCAUCUUCUUCGACACUUCAUGUGCAUAUUAUACCACAUAGACAAGAAAUCCGAAGAAAAUAGUAUGAAUGCCUACAACUUAGCGGUUUGUGUUGGGCCUAGUUUACUGUGGCCACACUUAACUGCAGGAACCACAGUCCAUGCUCAAGCUUCCAAAUCGGUGCCAAUUUUUAUCCAGUUUUUGAUUGAAAACUGUCAGGAAGUUUUUGGUAAAGACAUUGUUACACUGUUGGGUGAACCUGUAGAGCAAAAAGUACGACAGGACUCCAGCACUGACUCUGACAGCAUGCACAGUUUGCUGAGUAUAGCAGAAAGUGGAGGAGGCAUGAUGAGAAGAGAUGACUCUUCUUCUUUUGAUAGCCUGGAGAGAGACCUUUACAAUAGUGAAAUUGAGUCCAGUCCACGACUACCUAAGAACCAGUUUUCACCGACAAAUCUCAGUCGAGAUUCUGGAUUAACAUUGAGUGAUACUCAGUUAUAUGAUGAUGAGAAUGACAAUGAAAAUGCUGAACCUCGUUCUAGUUACACACGAAGUCAUUCGCAUGGCAUGGAUUAUGAUCAUUCACGAGAGCAACAACAUAGUCAUUUUGUCCACAGUUUUGACAGUGGCAUAGACUCUGAGCAACCUGUGCCUCCUCCUCGGAAAAAAUACAGUAGACGGACAUCUGAACCUCCUCUUGGAAAUAUGGAUAAAUAUACGCUGCGCCAUCCUAGUUACAGGCAGGCUAUAUCAGGAGGUGCUCAGGCUAGCUCUGGUUAUGCUCCUCAUGUGGAUUCUAAAUCUAACAUUUCUUAUCUGUAUGGUACUGAUGGUACAGGACAUAAAAGCAUGAAGCAUCACAUGCCUUUAUCUAAACGAGUAUCAGCAGAUUCUUUAGAGAGUGUGGAAGAGUGUGGUGAGGAAAGAGACAGCAUUGCUGAAAUUCAAAGGAACUUUGCUCUGCAAGAACAGUCAGAAAAAAAUGUGAUUAAAAAAUCAGCAAGUGGCAUGCACUUGUAUUUAGAUGAAGAACUUUUCCCUGGGGCAGUUGGUGGGAAUCACAACACCAGAUUAGACCAACGUCGUAUGAGGCGGCAGUCGUCCAGAGACACUUCAUCCCCUCCUCCCUCUCCUAUCACAUCCGAGAGUUCACAAGACAGUAUCAUGAUGACAAACUCACCUUCUCUUUUACAUGCCAAGCAGUACAACAAAGGCCAGGCGCCUGCACCACCAAAAAUAACAGGCAGUAAAAGUAUUGACUUAGGGCAAGUUUCAGAACCCCUUGUGCAGACAAAUGCAGAUUUCAGUAAGAGCAUUUCUGGAAGGUUGGGCCUGUUUACACCAUGUUCUCUUUCUGACUUUGAAGAAUCCCCCAUUUUGACACGAAAAGCUGGGACUUCUUCUGCACCCUCGUCAAAUAGGUCCUCACCCGAAGAUCUACUUUCUGUGGAGUUUCCACGUGUGCAAUCCCCACGUGCCUCUAUCAUAAGCACAUUAUCUAAGACCUCUGCAGAGUCAGCACAUUCAUCUUCAGCUGGUAGUACCACUACACUGACCCAAGAUCAAUUUGAUGCCGAGGUGCCACCUCCAAGGCCUCCCAAACCUGGGCAUCUUACCAACACAGAUUCCUCUGGCACACCUACCAAAUGCUUGAAUAAAAUUGAUCCAAAUUUAGGGUCGCCACCUCCAAAAGUGUUGCUGCGGCAUAAUGAGAUACGUGUGCAAAUGAAACUUGCCAGCAAGGAUUUUUUUCCAGCCGAGGCUAUCAAUAAUAAUCGCCAGCAAAGAAUAAGUGCACCACCAGAUUAUGUGGAACUUAUGAAGCGACGCAGUUUAGAACAAUCUGAAAGUGACUCGAAUUUGCCUAGUUAUAUGGGAGACCCUGCAGCACAGAGGAGGUAUUCUUUAGGUGAAGGAGAUAUGAUGCGCCCUGAACAGCCACCAUCUUACCAAGAGGCACUUCGUCGAAAGUCACUGAUGCAGCAUGGGAUGCAGGUCCCAGUGCCCCAAGUGUCAGAGGAUGAAUUGCUACGACAGCGAGUUCUUAGUGCACAUGCACGCAAGUUGUAUGAAGAAUCACUGCGUAAAUUAGAAGAACAACAGUUGGUACCUUCAUCACAACCUUCACAGCAGCAACAGCAUAGUCCAAUGGUUUUAACAGAAACAGUGUCAACAAGACCAGAUUCUGAGCCCAUUUAUAUGAACAGUAGAAUGACAAAUGAUUCUGACAGGUCCAAAACUGCUAAAAACAGUCCACGAGUCUCACGCUCUAAGUCACAAAAUGCAGGAGACCGAGAUGGAGUUAAACUUGUGCGCAGACAAGGUGGCAGUAGUCACAGUUUUACUUCACUCCAUCGAAGCAACAGUGAUACCUCGGAGCAUUUACUACGUAUAAACAAAGACAGCAGUAAACUCAAACACCUCACCCCAGUUCACGUGUCAUGUGAACCAAAGAGGAGGGAGAGUUUUGAAAGGGAACGUAAAAGGAGAGAGAAUGUGGAGCGAGAGAGAGAAAGAACCAGAAGGAGGGAGAGCCUGGAAAAAGAAAGGAGAAGAGGUCAACAAUCACGCCACAAAAGUCCCCAAAAUGCUGUUUCGAAGAAUAGACGUAGUUUGCCCAGAGUUCCUUCACCAGAUAAAAGAUCCCAGACACCAAGUGAAGAUUCUAGAAAACAUGAAGAGAGGGCAAGUUUGAGGGCACUUGAAAAGCCUGAAACAAGAACAAAUUCUUCCACCAAAAAAUCACUGCUUUCUCACCAAGGCCCUCUAUUUUACCAACCUGAACAACAAAAACAAUCCAAAGCUGGGCAAAAAAUGUCUUCCGACUCUGCCAUUGAUAACAGGGUGGCAGCAACCCCUCAAAAAGAUCAUCUUUGUGCAAAACAGAAAAAUGACUUGGGUUGGAGUGUGUCACAACUUAGAAAUUUAUAUGACAGCAGCAAGGGAGAAAAACAGCAAGAGAGUUCACCUCCUCAUUUUUAUCGUCCCAAUAGUCAGCCUCCUGUCACCAUCUCAAGUCAAGUAAGAGAGGAGCGCCCCCUGGAGCCACCACCUUACCGUCCUCCACCACCUAUCAGUCAGUCUGCUCAGAGAGAUACAUUAAAUCGUGAUAUUAAAAAACAGUCCGAGUUUUCUGACGGAACAUCAUCGCAUAAAGACAAAGACCACCUGCGUGGUAAGAGUGUCCGGGAACACAUUCAGGCAUUUGAUGGAUGUAAUGGAGUCAGGGUGUCUACCAAAAGUGAGGAUGUUAGACUCAGUAGUGAUGACUCUUGCAAAGAUGGGGAAGAGUCUUAUGUUUAACUAACACAGCAAGCUUUGUAUUUUUAUUGGUCCAGUUGCAAUGUGUCAAUCGGUGGCAAUUUUACUGUGAACUGAUCAGGUGCUUCAUUAGUAUUUUUCAAGUUGGGAGGAACAGAUACUCUUCUAAAGACAUUCAUUCAUUCAUUCAUUCGUGCUUGCUAAAACUUGUUAUCACUUAGUCUGGUAUAUUCUGUGAUAAUGUAUGUGGAAGUGUUGAUGUAAGCAUGUUCUGGCAGACUGAUAUUAUUUUUGAAGACUUUAGCAUGUUAUGUGUUUGUGAAGCAAAAGACGUAACCUAACUGUACAGAAUACUCAGUGAGUUGAAACUUAAAAUUUGUGUGGACAAAACUCCAAAGAUCUGAACCUGUGUAAGGGUCAUUUGAUAUGAAAAUCUAAGUUUUUACAUUUUUGUUCCGGGGAAAAAAUGCAGUCUUUCGUUAGCGUUCAAUUAGUCACCCAACUUGGGACAAGAGCUCUACAUAUGUUAGAGCUGCUUAAACAUUUUGUUUAAUUUCUUUUGAUGUUAUCAGCAUUAUCAUCUGUUGAAUUUCCUUUGUUUCUUGUUUUACAAGUUGGGUUUGGCAGCAAUUUGACCAAAAAUACUGCAUGACACGUUGAUUAUCAAAUCCUACAUGAUAAAUUGCAAGGAGGAAUUUUUCUUUUAGUACCAAGUCUGGUUUUUAAGAAUGCAUUUUUUUAUAACAGACAGAAAAAUAACUAAGAAUUUUAUAUAUGCACAUAUAUAUAUAUAUAAGUGUGAGUGACAUUUAGUAAAUCAGCCAAUCAUCUUGCCCAUCGUUUCUGUAUAGUAACUAAUCCUUCAUCCUAUCAUGUAGUGGUUGAUGAAACAUUAAUGAGCUGAUUUUGCAGCUUUGUACAUUUUGUUAACUUCACUUAACUGUAGCACUGUAUCAUAGAGACACUAUUACAGCAUUUUGUACUUGGGGUCACAUGUACAUUUGGUUUAAAUCCCUAUUAUUUCAUCAGUUAAGUUGUUGCAUUCAAACAGACAGCAGGGUUCUGAUCUGCUGGUACAGGCAAUAAAACUUAUUAUUGAAUACA